CUUCUGAGAGCUCGAAGCCUGCCUCGCAGCUUCACGAGAAGCUGCCAUUGGUGUUGAUGCAGGCGCCGUUGCAGCCACCAUUGGCAUGGGAACACUCGUCUAUAUCUGAUUGCACACCACACCACACCACACCACAUGUCAACCAUGGCUCCCUCUUGAUGCACACAAAGUCAGUCAGGCGGGGCGGACCUUCGCAAGUGCGGUCCUCAAAACUGUAGGCGAAGCCUGGCGGGCACUCGCAGGUGUAGCGGCCCGGGAGGUUCCUGCAGCCCAACAGGGGAGGGGGGCAGACACUCCCUGGCCGCUGCUGCUGCCCCUCGGCCAAUGUCUCAUUGCACUCGUUGAUGUCUGCGCGCACGGCCGGACACACAAAGGACGGCAUCUGUGUGUGUGUGUGUGUGUGUUGUGUAUUGUCGCGACCGACCGAUGCAUUGCGUGCCGUCGGUGCUGGGUCGGUAUCCCGUGUCGCAGAGGCACUGGUACCCUCCCUCGGUGUUGGUGCAGAUCCCCCCGCUGCAGACGUCCUUCUUCUCGGCACACUCGUCGACAUCCUCGCACUUCAUCGUCAGCUCGUUAUGCCGAAACCCCUUUCUCCCACACACGCAGCUGUACUCGCCCACCGUGUUAGCGCAAGUGGCAUCGUCCCCACAGAGCGGCGCUUGGGGCAGGAUGAAGUCGGGGUUGACCGUGGUGUACUUGCCCCGGUUAACAUGCCGGGUGGUGAUGUCGCUGCGGAGCGGGGUGGCGCCGCCGGCUGUGAGAGCGCACUCGUUGAGGUCCUCGCACUUGGUGUGGUCGAGGGAGGGGACGAACCCGGUGAGGCACUGGCACUCGAAGCCGCCUUCGGUGUUGACGCACGCCGUGGUGGUGCUGUCGCCACACACGUCCGGGGCGGCCUCACACUCGUUGAUGUCUGCCCCGAAACAAUACAUACACACAUUUCUCUGUGCGUUCACGAUCUUGUCGAUGGUCGGUCACCCACCCUGGCAGAUGGUUUGGCCUUCACCGGUGCCGUGUGGGUCAGGGGCCUCCUUGUAUCCCUCGCGGCACCUGCACUCGAAGCCGCCCUCGUUGUUGACGCACUUGCGCUUGGGGUCCCGGCAGGCAGGAGUGCCCUUGGCGUCGAUGCCGUCAACACACUCAUCGAUGUCUGAUGAUUGAUGACACGAAUGAUGCACACAUGUCUCUGUCUGUGUGGGCUGCUGGUGGCUGUAGUGUCUGUGUGUCUGUGUGCGUACCGACACACAGUGGGUGGAAUUGGUCAGCGUGGGGGUCCAUAUGGAAGCCAUCCUUGCAGCUGACACACAGACACAGCAGAGAGAGGGUGGGGCUUGGACGUGUUGUAUCGUGUUGUGUUGUGUUGUGUAUUGGGGCUGACACGCAUUCGUAUCCCUUGGGGGUGUCCCGGCAAUUGCUUUUGCCGUCCUCGCCGCAAGGGGCCUCCAUGUCUCGACACAUGAUGGCUGCAUCACAUCACACCCACACACAGCCGAUGGAUGGCAACAUACAUGCAUCGAUUGCUUCGUCACUUGUGAGCGUGUGAUCACGUUGGCAGUCGCCGGCAAGGUCCUUCUGCAUGUGCAGGGGGCACCCACACGUGUGGCCGCCAGCAUAGUCGAAGCACUGGUCCUGACAGGGGUUCUUGAGACACUCGUCCUCAUCUGAGCCCGCCCACAUGAAUGGGUUGACCCUCAAUGUGCCAUAGUGUGGUAGGCCCAUACCGAUGCAUGUGGUGUUCCAGUCGUCGGCAGGGAGCCAUCCGGCUCUGCAUUGGCAGUAGAAGCCGCCGGGGGUGUUGAUGCAGUCGGCGUGGCGGGGGCAGGGCGACGUCUCUAUCGAACACUCGUCGAUCUCUGACACAGAUGAAACAGAUGAAUGAAAUCGGGAGAAAGAAUGCCGGACAUGGCUACCUUUGCAGGCUGUGUCGACUCUCUCGUAGCCCACCCUGAGAAGCCGGCCGGCCAUGGACAGACAGACAGACAGUGAGUGUACACACACACACACACACACAUAUUUCGAUUGCAUGCUCGCACCACCGACCUGCAGCUGCAGUGAGCUCCGUCCCUUCUGUUGUCACAGUACUGGUCGCAGUUGCCAUUGUCCAUCGCACAAGGGUCCUCACUCGCACCCUCUGCACACAUGCACACAACAGCCUCCAUCAUAUCGACAUCCCAAACCAAACUCGCCUCUGCCCACGCACUUUCGCAUCUGAAUCCAUCGUUCUGCAUCCUGAAGCCCCUCUCGCACUCGCACCUGAACGAGCCAGGCUCGUCCACGCAGCCGCCGCCCCUGUCAGAGCACAGCGACACGCCGUAGUUGCUGUCGGCGUCGCAGCCCCCGGAAACGGGGCACUGGACCGUCACGCCAUCCGCCGCGGCCCACUUGACCAUGGCUGCGUCCUGACGCACACGCCACUUGCCUGCAAUCAUCAUGACAUGAGACACACCCAUGGGGUUAUUGGUGUGGUGUCUGUCGUGUGGUUGGAAUGGGAUGCCAUGCCUACCAGAUGGCGGGAAGUCAUAGCGGGAUGGCGCGUACGCGAGGACCUCCCUCGUGUCGAGGUCGGUGUCGAAGACCCACCAUCCGUUGGCAGUGGCGGUCGGCAGGGGCCAGCCCCGCUGCAGCCGCUCCAGCACAAAGGAGUGGUUGGCUGGGGGAAUCCAAUACAGAUGCACGCCGCCCUUCUGCCAGUGGGGCCUGCAGAGAGAGGCGGACAGAGAUGGGAUGGGCAGGGGGGAGAGGUGGGUGGGUAAGGAAGCCUACUUACUUUCCGUUGAGAGGAUGGCUGGCGUUGGUUUCCUCAUAGGUGCCACUGAGUGUUUUGCCCAGCGCAUUGGGCAUCCCCAACACCUCCACAAACGGCUUGCCGAAACACGCUGAAUGGGCCAACACAGAAGACACACACACAUUAUGUUAGUGUGUCGAUACCUCUUCUGCCUGCCUGUCUGUCUGUCUGUCUGUCUGUCACCUCCUUUCUCCUGCUGUGGUGGGUUCGAUAGGUGCCGGCAGGUCAGCCGGAAGAACGCACAGUCCUCCUUGCACUCCACACCAACAAUUACGCCCUCCGCCUAACAACCCAGCGCACAGCAACCAUUUCUCCCUCUCCCUGUGUGGAGCAUUGCAUCACUUACGCCGCAUGACAGAUGGUCUGUCGCCCCCGUGGUGCUCCACAGAGUGGUCCACGCCCCACGGUCGAUGCGUGACCUCCCAAGGGGUCGGCCACACUGAAUCCGGAUGGACCGGCACUUGCCCGGGUGGCGGAACUCCGACGUGCUCUGCAAGGGUGCGGGGCAGUCGGCUGGCAGCAGCUGGAGGCGGGAGGUGGCCUGGCCGGGGGGGCAGAUGGUUUGCUGGUGGGGCUGCAGCCACUCGCCUUCGCUCAGCUUGACGUCGGACUUGAUGUCAAAGCGCAUCUUCAUGCAGAACCUGGAGGGGGGGAAGGAGCACAGAAAUGCAUGGGCAGGGUGUUCCUGUGCUAUACACUACUGACUCUUCGGUGCAUCUGAGUCCCUUGUAGGCCGUGGCUGUGUAGGGACUGAGGCCCCCGUUGGCCGUGCUGAAUAUGUGGGUCAUCUUCUUGGCUGCCGGCACGACCACAGCCGCGUAGAUGCCCCACUCCUCAACGCGACACACGUUCCGACCCCUGAUGGAUGGAUGGAUGGAUGGACCACAAUAAGGGAAUGGUCGAUGCGAUUCAGCGCACCUUUCCAUUUUGAAGUAUCCAUUUGCUGCGAAUGAGGUGCCCCAUGAGUUGCGCAGCAGCCAGUAGAGGGUGCCGUCCUCCUCGUCCCAGCCCACCAGCACGGCGCUCUGGCUGCCCACUGGCGAGUCACCGGAUACAUCAUCGCGGCUGUACACACCUGCAAGACAAAGAGAAGGUGAGAGGAGAGGAAGGGCCAAUAGUGCUACUCGUCUUCUCUCUCUCUCUCUCUCUCUCUCGCCAUGCAGCAUAGUACCGUCCGGCACUUCGGUGAAGUACUCAAAGAAAUCGGGGUAGACCUCAAACGCCACAAAGAAGGGGCCCCGCUGAGACACACAGAUAGAUACAAACAGAAAAAGGGAAGUACCAUGAGAGUUUUUGCGUCUCCUGUCGCUCUGUCAUGUCUGUGUCUCUCUCUCACGCUGAUGAGCUCCAUCUGCAUCUGCCGCAUGACCUGCCCCACACAGGCCCGCCCGCCCGUCGCCCGCUGCUCGCCAGGGCGGGACAGACGGUAGUACUCGUUGAUGAACACACGGCUGGAGGGAGUGGCGGGGUCUUUCAGCAGUAGAUCCUCGGCACAGAAGGGCAUCUGGCUGAUGCACUGCGGACAGUCGGGCCUGCAUCAGGGAAGGGCACGAGUGCGUCCAUUUGCUGGCUGCUUUGUGACCGGUCCCAAUCGACCCACCUGCAUCCCUCCUGAGUGGUGAUGGCCUCCUCCCCACUGUCCAUCUGCAGAAAGCUCUCUUGUCCCUUUGAAGACUGCCUUCUGCUGGCCUUGGAGGCGCUGUGCGUCUCGAGCAUGGCGGCGUAGUUGUCGGGCGGCGGGGCGACGGUGAUGGGCGACCCGUCCACGUCGAUAUCGGUCGGCCACCGCGCCACGUGUGGCCUGCCGUUGCCGUGCUCGCCAUUGGGGCCUGGCUCGACGGUCUGUGGGGACGCUUCUCUGUGCCAGCAGUACACUGCAUAGACAGAGACAGAGACAGAGAGACAUGGGACUUGCCCACGAGACGAGGGCGGAUCGGAAAUGUCGGCAAAGUACUCACUUUCAUAAGGGUAGUCUUCGGCGAACCCGACUCCUUUGUUGCGUAUGUACUCGAGUGCGAUGCUGGCCCAGCCGCCCUCACAGCCGGGCCUGAGAGACUCCUUGGCCUCGAACUCGACCUCGCUCUCGUUCAUCCGGGGCCACCCAGCACAUGACAGCACCUGACGUGGUACAGGAAUGGUGUCAGGGGAGGGAGGGAGGGAGGGAGGGGAAGGAGGUGGGUAGGGCGUGCCCACCUGUUGGACGGAGAGGUGUCUUCUCAUCUCAUUGGAGAUCAUGCGGUCUGGGUUGGCGAUGCAGGCGCGGUCACUGAGCGCACCCAGAAGCUGACCACAUAUCCGAUGAACCAAGCACAACAGAUGAACAUUUAAUGACAGGUGGAGAGUCGAUCGGCCUACCGCAAAUGCCCAGCAUGCACCACAGUAGCCUGAUACACGCGGCCCAACGCAACAACACACCACACCACACCACACCACAAGGAAGAGUCCGUCCUUUUUGAGCGAUCCGGAGACAGAAGGACAUCUGACCUUGGCUCUGGACUUCUGAGUGGUCAGGGGGGAAGCAGAAAGGAUAGUGCUUCCGAACGUCGUACUCAACGGGCAGCUUCAGAUGACGGGUCACCCACGUCUCGCGAACCUGCCACACAAACAAAGACAGACAGACAGACACUUCUCAUGCAUUUCUGUCUGUGCGUCACUCCCUCCUCACCUGUAAUAAUGAGAGGUCGAGGUUCAUGCCCAUGCCGCCCUUGCUCAUGCCCCAGAACCCCUGCGACCGCUUCACACGCUCCAUCGUCCCCCCAAUCCCCAGCCGAACCCCCAGCUCCUUGACCUCUUCCAGAAAGCCCGCCUGCUUCAUGUCGCCCCUCGCGAGCUCGUCCCUCAGCUUGGGGUGGGGCAUUCCCUCCAUGUGCCUUCGCGGUUUGCGGCAGAUGUAAGGGAGCGAGGUGUUGCAGUGCUGGGCCACGACCUUGGGGACGUCCAGGGUCAGGUGGCCGGGGCUGAGGGCCCCACACGAUUGGUCGGGUUUGCGGCUGGUGGGCGGGCUGUAGGGGUGCAGACCAGUGGAAGCCUUCAAGGGAGUGCCGUCGAGGUACUCCCAGGCGUUAACCGACGUCUGAUAAUGAGCCCCUGUGAGCAAAGAACAGACGUCCAUAUAUGUGAGACGGCUUCUGUGUGUCGGCGGUGUCUGACCGAUCCAGCACAAUGGCUGAUUGCACAGGGGGGCGAGGAAUGCGCGUUCGUUGCUGGUGACGGGCAUCACAAGCUUGGCCCCGUAGUCGUCGCGGCAUCGCUUGACAGCGUUGUGGAAAGACUCGGGGCGGUGGAUCAGCUUGAAGCAGUAGACGCCAUGCUUCGAGAAGCCCUCCUCACACGCAACUGUGCUCAGAAAUGGGUCAAUUGGCGGAGCUGGUGCAGUGCAGUGCAUCCAUCCCUCCAUGUGUAUGUGUGUGUGUACGUGGCAGUGCGAAUGUGGAUCUGCUUGUGAGGAAGCAGACGCCAGAGGGGCCCUCCACAGUGCCCACAAGCGAAGACACUAUGUGCGUCGUCGGUGCCCGGCCUUAUGGAGCACAAAAAGAAAGACAUACAGGGAGGAGGGAUUGUCGCUGUCGAUGCAUCCAUCCCCAUCCAUUGCCAUAGAGAUCAUUAAAUGCUCACUUGAGUCUGCCCUCUUGGCGUAGACGGUCAUGCUGAUGAGCGGCGCGAUGCUCAU